AUGCAAAAGGAAGAGCUGAAACGUUUGCUGAUCAAACGCGUCCCCUCUAGAAUUCGCAAGGUCAAAUGUGAUGAGGCCAAACCGAAUUGUCAACGCUGCAUUGGCACAGGUCGAAAAUGUGACGGUUAUGAUGUUGUAGAUGGCUGCAGCCAACAACAUCUGAAUCCUCGACGUCCACCAAUCACACGUGCUCUCAAUACCGAUCUUGGAAUCGAGCUGAGCAUCCAUGCUUUCGACUACUACCAUAAUCACGUCUCUGUCCGAAUAGGCGAUGUGAUAGACAGAGACUUUUGGUGUGGCCUCGUCUUGCGACUUGCACCCACCGAUCCCGCAAUACGGCAUGCAAUCUCCGCAAUCAGCAUAAUGUAUGUCGAGCGAACGCACCAACGAGGAGUGUUUCCGAACUACAACCCUGGAAUUAUCGAGUAUAACAAGGCCAUUCUCUCCGUACGGUCAUGGCCUCAUGCGACUGAAUCUCGCGUCAAACCUUUGCUCGUAUGCUUGUUGUUUAUCUGCAUCGAAUUUAUGCUUGGCCAUGAACACCACAAUGUAGCCAGCAUGCAUGUUCUGCAGGGCCGAAGGCUGCUCGUACCGAUAAAAGACCAAAACACACCAGAAAUCGAUAUCAUUCGACAAUGUUUGGCUCCGAUAUACCUCCGCCUUGCAUUUGUCGGCAACGAGAGGGUUGACUUUCCGGAGCAUCUCCUAAAAGUCACGACCAUACCGCACAAAUUUGUUUCUCUGGUAGACGCACGAUCCGUUCUGUAUUUCGUUAUCGAUGCGAGCUUUAGUCUCAUCUACGGCGUCAAGAUCUACCGCGCACAGAACGCCAAAACAUACAUUGCACCAGAAGAGUCAAACCUCAGCGAUGUAUUACGGAAUGAACAUCAAGAGCUUACACGGAAAUUGGCGAAUUGGCGCCACGUCUUUGAUGCAUUUUUAGCUUUCAACGAUCUUGAUCGACAUGGUAUGAGAACCGCAAAGCUCCUUACUCUUCGACACAGCCUUAUGACAGUGUUUCUGGACUCUGUGGUCUCAGGGCCAGAUUAUGUCUGCGACAGAAACAGUAUAUACGAUAUAGCUACUGCCGCAGAUGCGGCAGCUUCCGUUAUUCAGUACGACGCAGAAACUCUACAGGGCCCGUCUUUUACAUUUGAGAGCGAGGUCGUUGGAACGGUUUACUGGAUAGCGACCAAAUGUCGUCAGCCGGCCAUUCGUAGGAGAGCGAUUCAGCUUCUCCAUGAACGCGAAAAGGCAAAGCGAGUCGAGACUCUCACCACGACUAAACAUGCCAUUGCAAUGGCAACGAGGGUGAUGGAGAUCGAGGAAGAGGGGCUUGAGAUACAUCCGGACGUCCAGUUCAACAAAUAUGACCAGGUAAAGUACCGGGUCAUCACAGCACAAGGCACAAGUGGAUGGACUACCAAGCCUGAUGCCGAGGAGAAGCAAGAUUGGUUCAUUCACUGGAGUCUAGGGGACCAAUCUUCCAAAACCCCAACCAAACCAAACAGACUGACUGCCGCAAUAGAGCAGCGAGAGCUAGAGGAGGGGCUAGCCAAGGGUUGGCCCAGAGAGCGACUCAUCUGGCCAUAUGGAAUCACAAGGGACAGAAGGAUUCUCAGUGCAGUGGUCAAAAAACAUACCCCAAACGAUCUAUGGAUGGAGUACGUGAGAGAGCCCCUUGUACCUAGUGGAGCUCAGAGGGUUAUGAAAGAACACAUCCAGUUUGUUUGA